UGGGAGGCCACCACUCUUUCUUUCCCUGGAGAGAGCUGGAGGGCCGUGUCCUGGGCUGCCUGGCAGGGCCCUGGGGAAGGGAAGCCUCCAGAGCCACCUCCACCCCUAUGGCCAGACCCACUUUCUUUAUUCUUUGCAUUGUAAUGGGCAUCAUCCAGCCCGCCCCAGGGGGUCCUGGCCUGGACCAGCCUCUGCUUGCUUCCCCUCCCCGGGCAGGCUCAAAGAGUAGCUACCACCAAGGAUCGAUCGGGUCCACAAGCAGUCCCUCUGCAGAGGCAGCUACAGCAGCCGGCAAGCCCAGACCUGGAGAGGCCGGGAGCCGGCCCAGCAAGGAGAGGCGGCAAGCCUGGCCUGGAACACCCCGGAACGGCGGCGGUGGCGGCAUGGGAGUCAGCCUGCUGGGGCAGCCCCCGGAGCCCUCAGAAAACAGGAAAUUCCAGCCCAGGGCUCCUCCUCGCAUGGGGCAAGUAGAAGCCCGUCCUGACCCAGAGAAGCCAGACAGAGGAGGACACCUGCCAACACAUAAAUAUCCUGGGGCCCGUCCAGCUGGUCGAGGCUCUCAGGAAGGAGAACAGGGCAGGCACAUCCUUCUUUCCCUCAAUGGCAUCAGCCCCGGUCAAGACGAAGUCUCCGUGUUGUGCCUGACAAGAUUCUGCUCCAAGGAGAUGAGGCAGUCACAGCUCUACUCAACAAGGCCCGAAGGCAGUUAGGACCAUCCUAAAAAGCUCUCAAGCUGGGACAGUAUCAACAGUACAGAAAUUCCAUAUAAGGCUAAGCCCUCGGCUGAGAUGUCAGUCCCCUAAGGUCAUCAGAAACACCAGGCUAUGGGACACCUGGGUGGCACAGUGGUUGAACAUCUGCCUUCAGCUCAGGUCCUGAUCCCAGGGUCCUGGGAUCGGGCUCCCCACAGGUAGCCUGCUUCUCCCUCUGCCUAUGUCUCUACUU